GGACUCUACCUGAGCUUGGAAGAGGUGGAGGCGGCGGUGCCCAGGCCGAAGGUGCAGGCUGGGGGCGCGGCGGAGGAGUGGCCCCGAGUAGCUGACGGGGGUGGAGCGCCAGGCUAGCCUUCCUCCCGCCCGGAUCCGGCCGCCCGGCCAUAAAGUCGCCCCAUAUGGCCAGGGGCGGCCCCACACCCGGGUGCGAACAGCCCGGGGCCCCGAGCCUCGCGUGCAGACGCUCUAUCUGGAAGCCUCCGAGUGCUCACGCACCAUUCUGCAGAGGGUCGAGUUCUUGGUUUGAGAUGCUGAAGCCGCUGGUGGAGAAGCGGCGCCGGGACCGCAUCAACCGCAGCCUGGAAGAGCUCAGGCUGCUGCUGCUGGAGCGGACCCGGGACCAGAACCUCCGCAACCCGAAGCUGGAGAAAGCAGAGAUACUGGAGUUCGCCGUGGGCUACUUGAGGGAGCGAAGCCGGGUGGAGCCCCCGGGGGUUCCCCGGUCCCCAGCCCAGGACGCCGAGGCGCUCGCCAGCUGCUACUUGUCCGGCUUCCGCGAGUGCCUGCUUCGCCUGGCGGCCUUCGCGCACGACGCCAGCCCGGCCGCCCGCGCCCAGCUCUUCUCCGCGCUGCACGGCUACCUGCGCCCCAAGCCGCCCCGGCCGGAACCGGUAGAUCCGAGGCCCCAAGCGCCGCGCCCACCGCUGGACCCCGCCGCCCCGGCGCCCGGCCCCGCGCUGCACCAGCGCCCCGCAGUGCACCAGGGCCCCCGUAGCCCGCGCUGCGCCUGGUCCCCGUCCCCCUGCUCGCCCCGCGCCGGGGAUUGCGGCGCGCCGGCGCCCCUCACCGGACUGCUGCCGCCGCCGCCGCCUCACAGACAAGACGGGGCGCCCAAGGCCCCGCCGCCCCCGCCGCCCGCUUUCUGGAGACCUUGGCCCUGAGCUUUGGGGGGUGGGGUGGGGGCGGGGGCUGGGGGUGAGGUAGAGACUCCAGCCCGAGGGCAGCAGAGGGACCCGGGCGUCGGGGCGAGCAGGUGUUGGGGAGGGCGGCGGGGCGCGCGGGCGCAGCGCGCGGGUGAGAUGUGGUCUAUAUUAGAGUAUCUAUAUAAAUAUAUAUUUCCCCGGUUCCUGUCCCUUUUCCCUGCCCCCCCCCCCUUGCGUCUAGGAUUGUACCCUCUCUGCCCCCGGCCCAGCCCCAGUCCCUUCCCGAGUCCCUAGUGCAUGGAAUAAAGUGGUUAUUAAAUCCCCGUGUGUCCCCGAGCCAGGGGCCUGCCUUUAUGUCGGCGUCCACGCCCACUUUCCUUCUGUCUCCCUUUCCUUCUGUCUCCCGCCCUUCCCAGUCCUGCUCUCCACGGCCCAAGCCCCGGGGCAGACAGGUAAGUAAAGAAGAGAGCAGAGCGGAGACUGAGGUUGGAGCUGAAACAGGUGGAAAACACUGAAAUAGGGAAGGGGAGCAGGGAUGGGAACCUUUAAGGAAAAACCAGAUAAAGAGGGAAGGAAAAAAAAAAAUUGAAAUAAAAUCGACUCUGGUGGGAUUCGAACCCACAACCUUUGAA